AUAUCGCAGAUGGCAAGAAGUUGUUGACUCCUCAACCUCGACUGAGAACAGGUUUCUUCUCGAUUCUUGAAUCCAGUAUGUUAACUUUGGAUACCAUGAGGGAAGCCUGCACGUCUGUUGGUGUUGCCAAGCAUGGACGACCGAUUGGGUUAGAUGAAAAGAUAAAGGUAGAUCUUAUUGUUAUUGGAUCAGUUGCUGUUGACCCAAGUACAGGGGCUCGAUUGGGAAAGGGAGAGGGAUUUGCAGAACUUGAAUACGGUAUGCUGAGGUACAUGGGAGCCAUCGAUGAUUCAACACCAGUUGUUACCUCAGUUCAUGACUGCCAAUUGGUGGACGACAUUCCAGUCGAAAAGCUACUAAUCCACGACGUACCAGUGGAUAUCAUUUGUACUCCAACACAGGUCAUUUUCACACACACGACUAUUCCAAAGCCUCAAGGGAUUUACUGGGACAAGUUGUCUCCUGAGAAGCUUGGACAAAUUCGUAUACUGAGGGAGCUCAAGAAGAGGAUUGAACAAGAGACUGGAAAGAAGCUUCCUACUGGCCCAUCAGAGAAAUUACCACCCACUGCUCAACGAAGUCGCAGGGGUUAGUUAUAUACAUGUAAGUUUUGAUGGAUUUAUGUAUAUAUUAGAGGUGUUUAGUGUUAAGUAAUGAGAAAACUGAAUAUUUAAUGUUAUAAUUGUUUACUUGUAUAUAUAACAUCGUUGUUUUAGCAAAAGCGGCUAUGUAAAGACCACUUCAUCGAAAUAAGCAUUUUCAAUCCAUCUGA